AUGGCUCUGAAAGACGCCCUUCAAGCACUUCCUAUCCCCCUUGUGGCAGGAAUCUUCCUCUUCGCAUAUGGGGUGUACCACUUCGUCAUCUACCCUGCCUGGUUGUCCCAUCUUGCGCAGAUCCCCAACGCCCACUGGUCUGUUCCCUUCUCGCGGUUCUGGAUCCUGCGCGAGCGUUUCCUGAACCGCGAGAACCGGACGCUGCUGGCGACACAUAGAAGGGUCGGUCCGAUCGUCCGAAUCGGCCCAGCCGAGUUGAGCAUCGACGGUCUGGAUAGUGUUCGAACAGUCUAUCCCGGGGGCUUUGAGAAGCCUGGGUGGUAUGCCGUCUUUGACAACUACGGCGUGCCAUGCAUGUUCUCGACCAAGAACUCGCGGGAGCACUCGCUCAGGAAGCGGAUGAUUUCCAACGUGUACUCCAAGUCGUACCUGCACGCAUCAGAGCCGUCCAGGGCCCAGUCGCGAAUCAUCCUCUUCGACAGGCUGCUGCCCAUCCUGCGGGAGUCGGCGGCGCCGUACCUGGCCCCUCACGGGAUAGACGUCCACUCGCUCUUCCUGGGGGCCACCAUGGACUUCAUCGCGGCUUACCUCUGGGGCAUGCGCAACAGCACCAACUUCAUCCAGAACAAGGGCUACCGCGAGCACUGGCUCGAGCUGUACAAGGCGCGCGUCGAGAACGGCUUCUUCAUCCAGGAGCUGCCCCUGCUGACGGGGGUCUGCAGGAUGUUCGGCCUCCGCCUGUACCCCGCCACGGUCGAGUGGGCCACCAAGGAGCUGGAGAACUGGAACCACGAGCUGUGCAGGGCGACCCUCGAGUCCGAGGUGAUGGCCGACGUGGGCAAGACCCCUCCCGAGGACGAGCCUGUGGUGUUGAAGGCGGUCCUGUCGGGCAUCGACAAGGAGGAGAAGACCCGCGGGAGGGACUCGCCCAUCUUCUCGACCACGAUCCAGAAGCGGGAUCUCGCGGUGGAGUCGGAGCUGUUCGACCACGUGCUGGCCGGGCAGGAGACGGCCGGCGUCGCCCUGACGUAUGCGGCGUGGAGGCUCUCCCAGAACCCGGACCUGCAGCGCGAGCUCCAGAGGGAGCUCCGGUCUCUGCGGCCCGGCCUGGAGAUGCGCGGCGUCGGUGUCGGGGCCGGCGAGCUGCCCGACCCCAAGGACCUCGACGCGCUGCCGCUGCUCCACGCGGUGCUCAUGGAGACCCUGCGACUGCAUGCUCCCCUCCCCGGGGCCCAGCCGCGGCAGACCUCGAGCUUCUGCCAGAUCGGCGGCUACGCCGUUCCCCCCGGCGUCCGAGUGGCGGCGAUGGCGCACACCCUGCACAGAGACCGGACCGUCUUCCCCGAGCCCGAGAGGUUCGUGCCGGAGAGGUGGCUGGACGGCGAGAAGGACAGGGAGGGCCUGAGGGAGCGGCACAGGCAGUUCUGGGCGUUCAGCUCGGGCGGCAGGAUGUGCAUCGGGUCCAACUUUGCGAUCAACGAGAUGAAACUGGUGCUCGCUGCGAUCUACAGCAACUUUACUACCUACGUCGUCGACGACUCGGGGAUGGAGCAGACGGAUGGCUAG